GCGACAACAUCAACGUCACUUGCCAGCUGAGCUCUGGUACCGCCUACUGAUACGCGACAACUUCCGGUCAACGGAGAUAUGGAACCCAGCGGGCAGGAUAUCAACCUUAACUCUCCCAACAAAGGUUUGAUGACCGAUACAAUGACAGACGUCCCAGUGGGUGUGCGAGUACCGGCUGAUGCUGCUGGAGCAGAACUCCCUGAGGGUUUAACAGAGGCUGAGGCAGAAGAAUUGCGGCUUGAGCUUAUCAAGCUGGAGGAUGAGAUUCUCACUUUACGGCAAGUCCUUGCUGCCAAGGAGAGGCGUGCCACUGAGCUGAAGAGGAAUUUGGGACAGACCCCUCUUAAUCAGCUGAAGUUAAACCUCUCCAGGAGUCUGCAGGAGGUCCAGAUGUCCACAGCUUAUGUUAAAACUUCAGAGAAGCUUGGAGAGUGGAACGACAAAGUGACCCAGUCAGAUGUAUACAAGAAGACACAAGAGACACUUUCCCAGGCCGGCCAAAAAACCUCUGCGGCUCUGUCCAAUGUUGGCACUGCUAUUUCUCGGAAGCUUGGUGACAUGAGUGGAUACUCCAUACGCCACUCCAUAAGCAUGCCAGCUAUGAGGAACUCGCCCACCUUUAAAUCGUUUGAGGACCGUGUUGGGUCAAUAAAGAUCAGAGGUGGUGAUGAAAAUGGCAGCAAGAAUUUGCAGUCUCCUGACAGCAACUCACAGGAUACUGCUCCCUUCUAGAGUGACCUGUAUAUCCAAAGUUUACCCCUUUCUCUCCUGUUGUGUCCUCACCCCACAACUCUGCAAGCAGCCAGAAAUUAACACUAACUAACCCCUCUAGCAAUAUGUACAUUCCGUUGAGCUACCUCCCCCACCACUCAUAAGAGAGAACUACACUCAUAAUUUUAUGCUUUACUUUCCUAAAGGUCUUGUUAGUGAGUCCUUUACAUGCAGAAAUUCUCAGGUGCAGCAAAUGUCUGAGAUUGGUAGUUAGACAAGUUUUCAGACUUAGCCACCUGUCUUGCUGGUUGUUGUAGUGGAACAGUAUGAUCAGCAACUGCAGAGAGGAUUCAGGAUGUCUGUAUUCCCUAAACUUUAGUCUGCUUUUGCUUCAGUUUGCUCAUUUGGUGCAGGAAUUGUGUGACAUCCCCACAGUGCUGCAAUGCCUAGCUAGCUGCUGUGGCAAAUAAGUGGUUAACGCCACAGUGCCUGAUUUAUGUGCACAUAUAUAUAUAUUUUUUUUCUGUGAUGCAUAGUGCACAUCUGCUUUGCAUUUGGAUUUUUUCAUGUAUGCAGCUAAUAAACCAGAUGAAAUAUCUAGGAAUAAACAUUGAAUGCUAUAAGGAAUGUUAUCAGACAAAAACAUCUAUUAAUAUUAUUAUUAUUAUUAUUAUUAUUAUUUUUUUCUGGAAAAGAAAGAAAGCCUUUUACUUAGCCAUCCAGUAUAUGUCAGUGAUGUCUCCAAAAGUGGGCACUUCAUAGUAUAAUCCUGAAUAGCUAAUGUAAGUCAUUUUGGAUUUUAGUAGUUGUCUAAUAAAGUUUUGUUUUUAUACUGAACUAUGGGGUGUCGCUAUUGGAGAUCUCCCUUUCUACAUAACUCAUUUUACUAACCAGAUCUGUGCUUUUUUUCCAUAGCCACAUCAUUUCCUUUGUUGCAAAUCACGCCAUGGUUUACUGUUUUCAUAUACAAUCUGUUUUGGGUUUUUUUCACUGCUAUAUCACUUUAGGGGCUAAGAAAUCUAUUUAGAGUUUAGACCAUACUAAUGUGCUUUUUAUGGUUGCAGCUAAUACCUUUGGUGCAAAGGAAUCCUCAUCCAGUUUCUGAGAUUAGAGCAGAAACGCAGUGGGACAUUUACUAAUGGCUUGUUAGAGUCUUGCUCAAAUGCUGCAAAUAUACAGCAGACUCUUUGGGCAUAGCAUUUACAUGUGCAUUUGUUUUCCCUUUAAACUUUACAGUUCCUUUUAUGUAUGCACUACCUGUGUCCUUGCAGGGUGGCAUUUGUUCCCUGCUGACCUAGAGAAUGUUUCAUGGUGUCUUUGCAGGAAAACAAAGCUGGCGCAGUCACCCUGUACUUUCUGUCUUCUCUUUGUGUAAACUAAAUUGCUGCAUCUUUUCUCCUUUUGGCUGUGCCUGUAGCCAGCAUUAAAACACAGAGAGACACAUAUGUAUAAAUUGUGUGUGUGUGUGUGGCGCAGUCACCCUGUACUUUCUGUCUUCUCUUUGUGUAAACUAAAUUGCUGCAUCUUUUCUCCUUUUGGCUGUGCCUGUAGCCAGCAUUAAAUCACAAAGAGAGAGAGAGACACAUAUGUAUAAAUUGUGUGUUUGUGUGUGUGUAUUUACCUAUACAGUUGUGUAAGCAUUUUCUGCAGGCUGGUUUUGCUUGUAACAUUUGUAUUGUCCUAAAUGGUUACAUGCUGCUGAGAUACAUCUGUGACAUGAGACAGCACACUUGUAAUCAGGCUGGUGUAUUAUCAUCUAAAGUAUGAGUGAACAGAUUGUAAUUUCUUUCUACUAGAGGGAGCGGUCCUUCCUUCCAAAAAAGUCCAGUCUUUACCAGCACACCAAUCCUGUCUCCCAUAUAAGGGGUGUGUUUUUCCUUACUAACAUAAAGGGUAGUUUUUUGUUUUCUUUUUCUUCCAGUCUAUGUGGUCUGUCUCUCCAUAGAGAGGCUUCUUCUCCCACCUCACACAGUCCUCUUUCCUCUGUUUGCCACACAGAUUGUUUCAUGUGCUCACUUUCCACAGAGAUUCAUUUACUUCCUCAGUUUACACUACAACAGCCUGUCUUCCCUCUCUUUUCACUAUGGUAGGGGUGUCCUCUCUGUAAUGUCAUAGGCUUUUCAUUUUUUUACCAAAAGUUUCCCCCUUACUUUAUAAGCCUGUCUUCUCAGGUAGCAAAGAUUGUUGACAAAAGUGUAACUUAAUCAUGACCUAGAACCUGUUGUGCUGCUCUUCCAUCUCUGUGUCAUUUUUGCUUGCUGUUAUACAUAUUGUGAGACGUUGAUCACUGUGCAUCAUAUAACCAAACUAUAUAUGGCUAGAGGUGCUGGGAUCUCCCUGUGUCCCAUCAGGUCUUAUAGGGACUGCAUUAGGUCAUUCAUGAAGACUAAUUCUCUAUUGUUACUCGUCCUGCCAAGGUGCCUGCUCUCCAAAAUAUUGGCUAAGGGUAGUGUUUUUGCACUCGUAUGUCCCUGAUGUGGGAUACGAGUGAACAUGGGACACACAGUGCCUCUCACCUUGUGCAAGUUGGAUUCAAUAAAGCAUUUAAUAUAA